CUUUCUUGAGAUGAAUGGGGAGAAAGUUUGGUUUGACUGUGUAGACCUGGAAGGACUGGAGAAUUGGAGGAGGACCAAUUUGCCCAAACUGGGAGGUCUCCGCCAAGUCUUUGUGGUCUCUAUGGGUGGGUCACAAUCCCACCAUGGGAUUUUUUUAAAUUUUUAUUGCUUUGUUAAUUUAUUUUAUUUAUUUAUUUCAAUUAUUUAUAUCCCGCCCUUCUCACCCAAGGGGACUCAGGGCAGCUUACAAGUGGCGAUUGAUGCCGUUAUACAAUAAACUCAAACGAUUAAAACAGUUAAAGCAGUCAUAAAAUAGUCAUAAAAUACAAUAUACAAAGUUUAAAACAAUGCAAAGUGCUUAUGCCAUUCAUCUGUUGUGAAACUGAAGUGAUGAGUAAUCUCUCUUUAUCUGUAUUUAUAUGGGAAUUCAAUGGUAUUUCUGGACACGGUCCCACUAAGAGCCAUUGGCCUUUCCUAAUGUCAUCAUUUGCUGGAUCACAUUUUUUCCCCAAAAUGCAAGAUCUUAGUUUUUUUUUCCCCAAAUGAAACAAUUUGGAGGAUCAUAGCUUUCCCAAACUCACUUAAGUAUCAUAGUUUGUCCAAAUGCCACACUUUGCAGGAUCACAGAUUUUCUUUUUCUCCAAAUGGCACACUUUGUAGGUUUGCAGCGUUUCCAAAUAUCACAAUUUUCCGGAUCAGAAUUCUUUCCAAGCCAGUUUAGGGUCACAGUGUUUCCAAAUAUCAGUUUGCGGGAUCAUGAUUUCCUGAAAUGUCACCAUUUGCAGGAUUGUAUCUUUAUCAAAUAUCAGUGUGCAAAAUUAUGGCUUAUUCCAAAUAGCUCAGCUUCACCGGUUUUCCCAAUAUCAUGAUGUGUGGGAUGACUGUUUCCUCAAAUGUCAGUUUGCAGAAUCAAAGUGCCACAAUUUGCAGGAUAACAAAGAAUCCUAGAUUUGGAAGAGACCUGGUGGGCCAUCCAGCCCAACCCCAUUCUGCCAAGAAGCAGGAAAAACACCUUCAAAGCAUACCCGACAGAUGGCCAUCCAGCUUCUCUUUAAAAGCCUCCAAAGAAGGAGCCUCCACCACACUCUGGGGCAGAGAGUUCCACUGCUGAACAGCUCUCACAGUGAGGAAGUUCGUUCUUAUUUUCAGGUGGAAUCUUCUUUCCUGAGUUUCCAACAAGCUUGCUCCCUCCUCCCUAGGACUUCUCCUGACAUAUUUAUACAUGGCCCUUAUAAUAUCUCAUCUCAGCCUUCUCUUUUGCAGGCUGUGCCCAACUCUUUCAGCCGCUCCUCAUAGGGUUUGUUCUCCAGACCCUUGAUCCUUUUAGUCGCCCUCCUCUGGACACAUUCCAGCUUAGAGUCAACAUCUCCCCAGUGGCGCAAUGGGUUCAACCCUUGUGCUGGCAGGACUGCUAGAAUCAUAGAAUAGUAGAGUUGGAAGAGACCUCAUGGGCCAUCCAGUCCAACCCCAUUCUGCCAAGAAGCAGGAAAUCGCAUUCAAAGCACCCCCGACAGAUGGCCACCCAGCCUCUGCUUAAAAGCCUCCAAAGAAGGAGCCUCCACCACACCGAAAGAUUGGCAGCUCGAAUCCGGGGAGCGGGGUGAGCUCCCAUCUGUCAGCUCCAGCUUCCCAUGCAGGGACAUGAGAAAAUCCUCCCAUAGGAUGGUAAAACAUCUGGGCGUCCCUUGGGCAACAUCCUUGCAGAGAGCCAAUUCUCUCACACCAGAUGUGACUUGCAGUUUCUCAAGUCGUUCCUGACAUGGGGGGAAAAAAAAAACACAUCUCCCUUCAAUUGCGGUGCCCAGAAUUGGACACAGUGUGAUUCCAGGUGUGGUCUUUUCCAAAAGUCUCCCAUAGGAUGGUAAAACAUCUGGGCGUCCCUUAGGCAACAUCCUUGCAGAGAGCCAAUUCUCUCACACCAGGUGUGACUUGCAGUUUCUCAAGUUGCUCCUGACAGGGAAAAAAAAAAUCUCCCUUCAAUUGCGGUGCCUAGAAUUGGACACAGUGUGAUUCCAGGUGUGGUCUUUUCCAAAAGUCACAAUUUGCAGGAUCGGUUUUUGCAAAUGGGAAAACACACAGGAUCAGAGCUUUUCCCCACUGCUUGCACGCUUACAACUUUUCCAAAUGCCAUAUGGUGGAGAGUUGGGUGAUCUCAGCUUUCCAGGUAUCGGACCCUGCUCUAUGGCUCCGGAUCUUGAGGCCAAGCGAACCAACUUCCAUGCCCUCAUUAUAUUUGACGCUGUGCUUAAAUCUUGCAAGUGAUUCCUUCCCUUUUUCCGUGGCCAGAAGAAGGAGAAGCCCUGUUUCUUCCAGGAGAUGUUCCCUCCGUGGCGGCUUCUCUGGCGGGUCCGGGGAGAACGUGUCUCCUCCUUGGCUUCCUUCCACUGUCAACUUUGGGAGCCGGAGAUAAUGGGCGAGUUGGCUCCAGACGGCACUCGCGAGCAAAGAAAUGUCGGCUUUUACAGGAACAUGCAGAAUUAAUUACUCUGCUUUUUUUUUCACACUCUGGCAAAGAUGCCUCCUUGGCUGAGGAACGCAUCACAGAAAGGCACAAUGUAGGCUGGGUUUCAGAUCCAACAACUGGGAAACAGACACGUAAAAGAAGCGGAGGAAGGACUCGUCUCCGUGUAAGAUGGAAGGCUAUUCAGUGCUAAUCAAGGUGGCCAAUGGCAACAUCCACACUUGCCUCCAACAGACAAGAGUUCUUUCUUUUUCCCACCCUGGAGAUAUCUCAACGCCGCUUGCCUCGUUUCCAACAGACAUCCCAACCUCUGAGGAUGCCUGCCAUAGGUGUGGGCGAAACGUCAGGAGAGAAUGCUUCUAGAACAUGCCCGGGAAACUCACAGCAACCCAGUGAUCCCGACCAUGGAAGCCUUUGGCAACACACAGACCUCACAACCUCUGAGGAUGCCUGCCAUAGGUGUGGGCGAAACGUCAGGAGAGAAUGCUUCUGGAGCAUGGCCAGACAGCCCGGGAAACUCACAGCAACCCAGUGAUCCCGACCAUGGAAGCCUUUGGCAACACACAGACCUCACAACCUCUGAGGAUGCCUGCCAUAGGUGUGGGCGAAACGUCAGGAGAGAAUGCUUCUGGAGCAUGGCCAGACAGCCCGGGAAACUCACAGCAACCCAGUGAUCCCGGCCAUGGAAGCCUUCGGCAACACACAGACCUCACAACCUCUGAGGAUGCCUGCCAUAGGUGUGGGCGAAACGUCAGGAGAGAAUGCUUCUGGAACAUGGCCAAACAGCCCGGGAAACUCACAGCAACCCAGUGAUCCCGACCAUGGAAGCCUUCGGCAACACACAGACCUCACAACCUCUGAGGAUGCCUGCCAUGGGCGAAAUGUCAGGAGAGAAUGCUUCUGGAACAAAGCCAUACAGACUCACAGCAACCCAGUCUCCAUGCUGUUGAGUGCUUUUAUAUCUCAAGAACGUCAAGGCUAAACGGACCAAGACAUCCUUCCUGGGUCGUUCCCAUUGCGUCGUAGAAGAACUUGGAAGAGCAUCAAGAGGAACGACGGAUACCUUUUGUGCGAUGCUUCGCAACCACGUAACCGAAUCGACCGUCUGCUUAAAAGCGGCACACCCAGCAGUGUGCAACCCUGCCAGGAAAUGUGCAAGUAGUUAAGAAUUGGCUUCGGUUGUGCGCAUCACCAAAGAGAAAAGGUCACCAAGGGUGCAUCUGCAGGGUAGGAUUAAUGCAGUUUGACACCGCUUUAACUGCAAUGGCUCAAGGCUAUGGAAUCCCAAGCCUGGUGAGAAGAAGGAGAGAGAUGUUGUAAGACUCCAGCCUCAAGUCCCAUCGCAGUGAGCCAUUCAAUGUGGCAGAAUUCAAUCUGAUGUUUAAGAGAUCAUGCUCAAUCUCCAUAGGUCUCUAGCUUCAAGGCCUGUGAGAGUCCUGCCCAAGGAACCCAAGAAACCCAUCAUGGUCUAUCCAUGGGUCAAAGUGGAAAGCAUUCAGAAGGGUCUUCACUCUCAACUUCUUCUUCCAUCAAAUUAGGUGAUGAUUUUAAGCACCAAAACGUCAUGUUAUACAACAAAUUUGACAGAAAAAGUAGUUCAAUACACAGUAAUGCUAUGUAGUAAUUACCGUAUUUACGAAUUUAGCACCAAAAUAUCACCAUAUAUUGAAAACAUUGACUACAAAAAUGGCUUGGAUUAUCCAGAGGCUUGGAUAAGUGAGACUCUACUGUAUUUACAACAGUGUAUUGUUGUAUUGAAUACUGUAUUCAAUACUGUUUAUUGAAUUACUUUUCCUGUGAAAUUUGUUGCAUUUCUGGUGGAGAGAGACUAAUUAAGAAAUAAAGUGAAGUGAAGUGAAGUGAAUAUCCUGGAUAAUAAGGAGGCAUUAAGGAAAAGCCUAUUAAACAUCAAAUUAGGUUAUGAUUUUACAAAUUAAGCACUAAAACAUCAUGUUAUACAACAAAUUUGACAGAAAAAGUAGUUCAAUACGCAGUAAUGUUAUGUUGUAAUUACAUUAGAGUCUCACUUAUCCAACGUUCUGGAUUAUCCAACGCAUUUUGGUAGUCAAUGUUUUCAAUACAUCGUGAUAUUUUGGUGCUAAAUUCGUAAAUUCAGUAAUUACUACAUAGCAUUACUGUGUAUUGAACUACUAAUUUGAUGUUUAAUAAGCUUUUCCUUAAUCUCUCCUUACUAUCCAACAUAUUUGCUUACCCAAAUAAGCGAGACUCUACUGUACUGUAUUUACAAAUUUAGCGCCAAAAUAUCAUGAUAUAUUGAAAACAUUGACUACAAAAAUGCGUUGGAUAAUCCAGAACCUUGGAUAAGCGAGUCUUGGAUAAGUGAGACUCUACUGUAAUAACAACAACAACAACAACAACAACAACAACAACUUAUUAUUAUUAUUAUUAAUAAUAAUAAUAAUAAUAAUCAGCUGAUGACCCGAAAUGCAGACUCUGCAAGGAAACUGACGAAACCAUUGAUCCUAUCCUCAGCUGCUGUAAGAAAAUUGCACAGACAGACUACAAACAGAGGCACAACUAUGUGGCCCAAAUGAUUCACUGGAGCUUAUGCCUCAAGGACCACCUGCCAGCAGCAAAGAACUGGUGGAUCACAAACCUGCAAAAGUCUUGGAAAAUGAACAUGCAAAGAUACUAUGGGACUUCCGAAUCCAGACUGACAAAGUUCUGGAACACAACACACCAGACAUCACAGUUGUGGAAAAGGAAAAGGUUUGGAUCAUUGAUGUCGCCAUCCCAGGGGACAGUCGCAUUGACGAAAAACAACAGGAAAAACUCAGCCGCUCUCAGGACCUCAAGAUUGAACUUCAAAGACUCUGGCAGAAACCAGUGCAGGUGGUCCCGGUGGUGAUCGGCACACUGGGUGCCGUGCUGGAAACUAGGCAAAUAGGGUUUAGAUAUCUGUGGAAUAAUAUCCAGGGUGGGAGAAAGAAGUUGUGUCUGCUUGAGGCAAGUGCGAAUGUUGCAUUUGGCAACCUUGAUUAGCACUGAAUGGCCUUGCAGCUUCAAAGCCUGGCUGCUUCCUGCCUGGAGAGGUGUUAGCUCCUGUCUGGAAUUCCCCUCUUUUUAAAGAGUCGCUCUUUGCUCCAGAAGCGAUAAGGACUUAUCUAUGGGCAGCAAUGCCGUCAUGUUUCCCCGACAAUCUGAACACUUGGCCGGGAUCUUGUAAGCAAAGAAAGCUCCAGUAGAAGGAUUUCUCUAUAAUCCUCCCUGAAAUUCCAACACACUGGAAGGCAUCGGUUUCCCUCUCCGCCGCUUUGCUUUCAGGGUCAAGAAUGAUGCUCGACCAUUAUAAAGGCUCUUUACAGAUCCUCAGUUCCAUCGUUGUACUUGGAUUUCAGCUUGUCAUCCCACAACCCUCGAUUGAACACAGAAAGGUGCCGCAGAGGAUAGAAGAGCAAAACACUGCCGCAGAAGAAGACAACACAGGGGUCCCAGGCGUAUGGGGCAGCUGGGGACCCUGGUCGGCUUGCUCUAGAAGCUGCAGCGGCGGAGUGAUGGAGCAAACGAGACCGUGCCUCCCAGGAUAUUAUUACGAGAGGAACUAUCGCCGGCCGGGGCAAUACGCAGCCCCGGAACGAACCCUGGCUCCUCACCAGCAAGCUCCUCACCAGGAACAGCAACUCAGCCCUUACUCGGGGCAUGUCAUCUCCGCCAUACGGACCUCAGUGCCUCUUCACAGAAACGAGGAGGCUUCUCGGGCCAGCUUUCGAACGGGAGUCCCCUCGGGAGGACGCAACGACAGCCACUUGAGCAAGGGGACGUCCAGGGGAGCGAGGCCUUCUCAGUCUCGGAGACGUAGCCCCAAACUGGAAAGAAGAGGCAGAAAUAAGAAUCCCAUUGGGCCUGGGAAGUAUGGCUAUGGGAAAGUGCCCUACAUACUCCCGCUGCAGACGGACACGGGGCAAGCGCCGCACAAAUCCCGGCGGAAGAGGCAGGCGAACCAGCCGAAGAGCGUCGGCGUGCCCUUGGCUCAGCCCGCAAACCCAUCCCAUCGCCAGAGAAGUUUCUACCAGGACGACCGCAGGCCUCUUCCAUCUCGACCGCAACCCGGAAGCGGUUCCUUUUACCAACCGGCUGCCCCUCACUUCCAGACCUUCCCGGUCGCGCAGAGUUUGUUCCACGACUCGGACUUGAACGCCCAUCUUCCGGGGUCUCGACAGUCGGUCCAAAGCCAAGCGUCUCCCCAGAGGGCGGCUGUCAUCGUCUGCACCGGAGCCUACAAACAGUACAAACUCUGCAACACAAACCCGUGUCUGGAGAACAGAAACAUCCGGGAGAUCCAGUGCACCUCGUACAACAACAAACCUUUCAUGGGUCGCUUCUACGAAUGGGAACCGUUUGCGGAAGUGAAGGGUAGCCAGAAAUGUGAGCUGAACUGCCGAGCCAUGGGCUACCGAUUCUACGUGCGUCAAGCAGAAAAGGUCAUUGACGGGACUCCCUGUGACCAAAACGGGACCUCCAUCUGUGUGUCCGGACAGUGCAAGACCAUCGGCUGCGAUGACUAUCUCGGCUCGGACAAGGUGGUGGACAAAUGCGGCAUCUGCGGAGGGGACAACACAGCUUGCAAAGUGGUCUCCGGGGUCUUCAAACACACUCUGACCAACCUUGGCUACCACAAAAUUGUCGAAAUUCCAGAGGGGGCCACAAAGAUCAACAUCACCGAGAUGUCCAAGAGCAACAACUACUUAGCAUUGCGGAGUCGAACGGGACGAUCUAUUAUCAAUGGGAACUGGGCAAUUGAUCGACCGGGGAGAUACGAGGGAGGAGGAACCAUGUUCACCUAUAAGCGCCCCAAUGAGAUCUCAAGCACUGCCGGGGAGUCGUUUUUAGCUGAUGGCCCAACAAAUGAAGUCUUGGAUGUUUAUAUGAUCCAUCAGCAGCCUAAUCCAGGUAUACAUUACGAAUACAUCAUACCGGGACCCAAUGUGAUCAGUCCCCAGGUGCCUCUUCAUAGACGGCCAGGGGAGCCAUUCAAUGGCCAGCUGGAUGUGACGGAGAGUGUGAAUUACGAGGAGGAGACUUUGCGCAGGGAGACAGGGACGCACAUGGGACAACCUGCGGGGACUUUCCCCAUAAUUCAGCCUGGAAGAUUUCCUUCCCAUCCACCAGACAACCAGGUGCCGGCCGGACAGCCCCCUCGACGCAAUCGGGACUACAACUGGAAACAGAUUGGAACCACUGAAUGCACUGUCACAUGUGGGAAAGGUUCGCAGUAUCCCGUCUUCCAUUGCGUGAAUAGAAACACACACGAGGAGAUCUCCGAAAGUUAUUGUGAUACUAGUACCAAGCCCAGUCCCGAAGAAGAACCUUGUAACAUCUUCCCUUGCCCAGCCUUCUGGGAUAUAGGGGAAUGGUCGGAGUGCAGCAAGACCUGCGGCCUUGGGAUGCAGCACCGCCAGGUCCUGUGCCGGCAGAUCUACGCCAACCGCAGCCUCACGGUCCAGCCCUACCGCUGCCAACACCUGGAGAAACCGGAGACAACAAGUACGUGCCAGCUGAAGAUCUGCAGCGAAUGGCAAAUUCGGACAGAGUGGACAUCGUGCUCAGUGCCGUGCGGGGUAGGUCAGCGGACCCGAGAUGUGAAGUGUGUCAGCAACCUCGGAGACGUUGUAGACGAUGAGGAAUGCAACAUGAAGCUACGUCCGAAUGACAUCGAGAACUGCGACAUGGGCCCUUGCGCCAAGAGUUGGUUUCUGACGGAAUGGAGCGACCGGUGCUCAGCCGAAUGCGGCACCGGCGUCCGGACACGUUCUGUCAUCUGCAUGACGAACCACAUCAGCAGUUUGCCGCUCGAAGGCUGCGGACACAACCGGCCGCCGGACACAACCCCGUGCGACAAUGGCCCGUGUUUGGGGAAAGUGGAAUGGUUUGCUGGGAGCUGGAGCCAGUGUUCGAUGGAGUGUGGUAGCGGCACCCAGCAGAGAGAAGUGCUCUGCGUCCGGAAGACGGAGAACAGCUUUGAGUUGCUGGAUCCCUACGAAUGUUCCUUCCUGGAAAGACCACCCGGCCAGCAGACCUGCUACCUCAAACCUUGCGGGGCCAAAUGGUUCAGCACCGAAUGGAGCACCUGCUCGAAAUCCUGCGAAGGAGGUUUCCGUAUCCGAGAGGUGCGUUGCCUCUCCGACGACAUGACGCCGGGGACCCAAUGUGACCCGCAGCUCAAGCCAGCCGAAAAGGAACAAUGCAACACCCAGGAGUGUGUACCUGAAAUAGAUGAGAACUGCAAAGACAAAUAUUACAACUGCAACGUCGUCGUUCAAGCCCGGCUCUGCGUCUACACUUACUACAAGACGGCCUGCUGUGCCUCCUGUUUGAGGGUCGCGAACCGGCAGUCGGGGUUUCUGGGGCGCAGAUAACAAUGGCUCCAGGCCUGGCCCCGAACUUCUGCCCAAUUGCUUGCGAUUGCUCAGAUUGGAAGAGAUCCUACCUUCUGGAAAAGAAGUUUCCCACGUUGCUGCACACUUCCAUGGUGUGAACACCCCACACCAGUCUGCUCUCACUAACACAUGCUGUAUAGGAACUCUUUGCUCUUGGGAACCGUAGACUGAAAAGGCAGAGCCUUGGAGGAACCACUGCAAGUGGAUCGUGGAAAGCUUAUGGCAGUGUCCCAUAUGGGAUCAGGCCAAGAGCUCACAUGGGGCAGGAAUGGGAAUCACCUGGCCGAAUAGGGCUCUUUGAAGGGUCUAGUGCUGCCGUCUGGAUACCAAAACAAGUUCUCUACUCUCCAACAGUUACUAAAUGGAGAUACGGUCCUUUGGCAAUUGAAUGGGAAGUCCUGAGGAUAGUGAGAUGGUGAAUCAAAGAGGAAGGUCUUCAACCCUUUAUGGAAAUGUCUGAGAUCUUCCUCCAGCUGAAGGUCCAAAGGAAGAUCUUUCCACAGAUGUGGAGCCAGAUCUCGAAAGGUCUACAGCAGUGGUUCCCAACCUUUGGGCCUCCAGGUAUUUUGGUCUUCAACUCCCAUAGUUCCUAACAGCUGGGAUUUCUGGGAGUUGAAGUCCAAAACACCUGGAGACCCAAAGAUUUGGGAACCACUGGUCUAUAGCCUUGAAAGAGCCAUGAGCGUUGGUGGAACAGACAACAAUUCUUUAUCUAUAGAUCUUAAAUUCUAAGAUGGUGCCUACCAUGGUAGACAAGUAUUGGGAGGAAAAUAGAGCACAGAGCCUUUCAUACAAGAACAAAGAGUUUGGACCAAAAUGGUAGAUGGGAAAGGGAUCAAUAGGGGAAGACACGUGUGGAUAUUUAGGGAGAUUCAAAAGCCAUACCACUGCUCACCAUGCUUAAUGUAUGGGCAUGAAUGCCUAUUUUCAGGGCAUUCCCAUACAGGGCAAAUAAAGAUGGAAAACAAAUCUAGAUCAGCUCCAUGCAUGGUGAGCUCAGAUUGUACUGCCAGUUCUCCAGCGAUUACUUGAGCUUCGUUUGAUCACGGUAUUUGGCUCCUUCCCUGACAUCUCAUGCGCUUGUUCUUUUUUAUCUUUGACUUAUUAAAAGUCAACACUAAUUAAGACUCUUCUACAGAGGAAUGCUUUUUACCGUAAGCCGCUGCUCGCCCGUUGGCCCGCAAAGUCCUGCAAGACGUCAUUUUUUGCUAUUUCCUUAACUGAUUUGUAGUAAACAAUCGUGUGAUUUCAGAGUCACCACGUUCCCAUCUUCAGCGAUGUGACAAGCGCAGGCAGCCACACUUUAACUGCCCAGCUAUUUCAUUUGCAAUGUCAGAGUGUGAUUGCACCCACUCAAGCAUUUUUCCAUCUCUGGUGAUUGCUUGAUGUUCAGUAAAUUUUGUUUCCUGUUUUUCAAGGAGAUGGGAAAAUAGUGAAUGAAAUGCAUGUUGUCCUAAUCCACUUCUGUUUGCCUUUCUUUAAAAAAAACAUUUAUAUUUAUUUACAGCAGCAUUUUUUCCUCGUUAUAUGCAUUCUAUACACAAUUUUCUUUAACGUACAAAUUUCUAUAUGCAUCUUUCUCAAAUAGAGAUAUUUAAGCUAAGGACAAUUUUGGAGACAUACGCAACCCAACAAGAUGUGUGUUUUUGGUUUGUAGAAAAAUUGAAAAUGAUGGUUGCAAUUCACAAUGGCCUUUCUGAAAACUUAUAAUUAUGCAUGUAUAAGUGAUUUGUAUUCGUUAUUCCUAUGUUGUGGAAGCAUAGGGGCCAUAAAAGUCUCUCAGUCUUGAUUUACCAGAAAGCAGACACUGCGAAAAUGGGUGUCCAUUCUCUGUCGAUUGGGGUGCAGUGAUCUCUAGUAUGACAAUCAGAAGCAGGAUCCCUCUCGCAGAUCCUUCUUGAAAUUCUGAAGGGACCAGGUGGAAAAAUCGGUUUGUUGGUCCCUGAUUGAGAGGAGAACAAAUUCCCAUAACUCAUGGUGGUCAGCCCAAGUUUCACAAAGCCAAGACUGAGGGGUUGAGGAUCAGGCCAGAUACUACUUAGUUAAAUCCGUUUGAUUAAGUAAUUGAUCUAGAAUCUCAGGGCUGAUUUGGGGCAUCAUCUAGUAUCUUUGUGUAGAACAGCCAUAUUCGUUUUAGCUGUGAUGAUGUCAGAAGUCUGGUAGGAGGUGAAAGAAAGAAGAAGAAGGAAGAAGAGGAGGAGGAAGAAGAGGAUGAAGAAGAAGAGUCAAUGAAGUGUAUCAUAAGUUCAACUAAGUACACGAAUUAGCAAAUGUUCUCAACCAUCUCUGAUAGGAGACCAAAAUGGAUGAGUCUGCAAAUAGUAGACACAUCCAGAGGCGGUUCAAUCGCCAGUCAAUCUAGGCAUUUGCCUGUGGCGCCAUAGUCCCGGGGGCGCUGUCGAGGUCCCCGGGAGGGUGGCACCACCACCCACCUCCUUCACCUUCCCGCCACAGCCUGGGCCUUGCUGCCAUGCGGCCUGUGUGGCCUGGCCCUGCCUCCCAGCCCGCAGAGCCUGGCCACGCCUCGGAGAAGGCAAACGUUCCUGGGCGCUUUGCUGAAGAGAGAAGCGGGCGCCGCUUUUCUCCUCAGCAAAGCGCCCAGGAACGUCUUCCUUCCUGCCCCGUGCGGCUCCGCCUCCCACCCCGCAUGGUCCCGCCUCCCACCCCGUGCAGCCCCACCUUCUGGGGGGCCCCAAAAAUUCCAUUUGCCUACUCCAGAAAAUUACCUAAGGACGGCUCUGGACACAUCCCCUAGAUUCUUAUACCUUGAUGGGGAGUAGCUACCAUGAAUACGACCUCAUUUGAUCUCAGAAACAAAAUUUGAAUUUGGUAGGCUCUAGGAUGGAAGACCAUCUCCAGAUGAUAUUGGCCAACCCAUUGGCGAGUCUGUUGGUAACUGUAGGUUAAAUGUGCCAAUGUUCUUAUUGUAUAAGUCUGUGCUCCGAAUCUCACAUGAAAUGGCAGGGGAACAUUAUAGUUUUAUGUUCUGGUUCUGAUUUUGAUCCACUUACUUUGGUUCAGAAAUCAUCAAUAGUUCCCUACUUUCCCCAUUAACCCAUGCGAGAUUUGUUCAUCAUCGGUCUUGGGUCUUCCCAUCAUCACCGGUCUUCCCUUAUUGCAAAUCUUAGUUUAUGUGUAACUAAAACAAACCCAAACAAGGAAGGAUAUACUUUUAUUAUAACUUAUUUUUAUAUUUGUAAAUAGCAAGAUGUUUAUAGGAAAAUACGUAUUCUAAACUAUGUCUAUAUGGAACAAGCAAUGGCAUCGAAACAGUUCUAUUAUGUAGAAUGUGAGAUUUUGUAUUGUGCCUGGUUAUUUUUUAACCAAAAAAAGGGACUAAAAGUGUAUUUAUUUAUAUAUGCCAUCUACAUUUCUGUCCAGUUCUUUUGGCAAUACUAACCAGCCUUUGGCCUGGAGAUUUAUACUGCAUCGACAUAUUUCUCUAUAUAAGUAUCAUACAGUAAAUCCAUAGUUAAUUGUUUCUUUGUUUCGUGGUUAAUAAUCCACUUCUACCAAUGGAUUUUUCUUCUUUUUUUUCCUAAAAAAAUGGAAGAUGCAUAAGUUAAAAAGUACUUAUAGACUAGUUCAGGAAUAUGUAUGCCAGCAAUGCACCUGAAUCACAACUGUACAGUAUCUUUUUCAUAUUUGUAUACAUAUUCUCUGAUGGGGGGAAAAGUUCGAUAUUUUUUGCUUAUGACUAAUUUAUUUUUUAUUAUGGUGGGAGAAGAAAAAUAAAGACAUUUAAUGAACAUCCCUA